AAUUUAAAUGAGACAAACCGCAAGCAAAGUCAUAAAUCCAUCAGACCGUAUCAAAGGAGAAUUGAAGAACACGUGUUCUACGUCAUCCCGUGACGUGUACGUUAUUAUUGCUGUGUCAGGGAGUCUAUUUGGAUUUGUCAGGACAUUACAUAACGUAUAGAGGACAUAGAGAAAGUCAAGGAACAGAGAAGCCGCCAUGUCAAUGUGAAACUGAUCACAAACUGUUAGAGAGAGAAAGGAAGAGAAGUUUAGCACUACUCUGCCGUCGAAAGUUUCAAGAUGGAAAAUUCAGCGGAGGAGGAGGUGAAAUCGUUAUGUGGUCAUAAAAGUGACAUGCCCGUGUGCAUGAACUGCAUUCUGUCAAACAAAUUACAAGAUUCUCACUUGGAACUUUUGUCUGACAUAUGUGAGUCACUGAGCGUCUCAAAGAAGGACAAGAUUCGGAAGGAUCUGCUGGAUUUGGAGGACAACAUUGGACCAUCGUACGAUUCCAAUUUAGGUAAAGUUGAAGAGCUGCUCUCCUCGGUCAUAAGGCAGCAUAAAGAUAGAAAGAAUGUGAUUCUGGAUCUAGGCGACGAGCUGCAUAAAGUAGUUGACCUUGUCAUUAAUAAAUAUCUGUCCGAAGCUGGAAAGAUGGAAAAGGAAGACAUCGACUUCCUUCAGUCUCUUAAAUCGAAAUUCAAAUCGUCCGCCUCUGAGAUAAAGGCAGCUAUAAAAGAAUAUCGCGAAUUUCUUGCGACAGACAACAAUAAAAAGCUGGCGAAAUAUCAGUCAAAGAAUGAACAUUUUAGAAAAAUGCCCGCCAGUUAUGAUGUGACGGUCACUAAAUUUCAACCAAAACAUCUCACUGAUGACAAGCUGUGCCAGAUCAUCGGAGUUAUACCAUGGUCUGUCAAAACGGAAAUAAAACCACAGGAAAAUGGCAUUUCCGGUUCAGAGGCAAGCUCGGCCGAUAGUUCUCCGGUUGCCAAAAAUGAAAGCAGUUCAUCAAAAUCAAAAGAUGACAAGUUAUCGGAACUGAACGAGCUUAUGGAAUCCAUAUCAAAGGCCACAAAGGACCUUGUGGUUGCCCUCAGUCCUAAGGUAACGAGAAAACUUGCUGUACCUAAAGAAUUCAGCUCAAAGGCCACAAGUCAAAAAGAACAGGUCGCAACAAGCUCAAGUUUUGCAGCAACGGUAAAAAGUCUGAAGGAAUCUAAAUCAAAAUCAUUUUCAAGCAUGAAUGGUCACACUGAAAUUACUUCAAAGACCACAGUGCAAUCUAACACAUCUUUGUCUUCCAGCUCCAAGAUACCAACACCAUCUAGUCCUAAGACAUCUAGUAUGCCCUCUAGCCCUAAAACACCCACAAGCCCACAGGAUCAAAAGGUUGAGAUUUCUAAUCCCUCUAGUCCUAAAACACCCACAAGCCCACAGGAUCAAAAGGUUGAGAUUUCCAAUCCCGCUAGUCCUAAAACACCCACAAGCCCACAGGAUCAAAAGGUUGAGAUUUCCAAUCCCGCUAGUCCUAAAACACCCACAAGCCCACAGGAUCAAAAGGUUGAGAUUUCCAAUCCUUCGAGUCCUAAAACACUUAAUGGACCAAAGGACAAAAAAGCUGAAAUUUCAAGUCCGAAAGCUAAAUCCGAAAUAUCUGUAGCAAAAAACAUGGAAAUUGAUAUCCCAAUAGAGCCGAUGAAUGAACCGUGUGUAGAAACUGAUCAGAAGUCCACAUUAACACCUUCCAAAGAGCCAAAUUGUAUUUCGGAUCCAAAAUGUAGUCCAGUGAAUGAGCCAUGUGAGGAAACUCAUCAGAGGUCCAUUUUAAAACCUUCCAAAGAACCAGAUGGUCUUUCGGACCUAAAAUGUAGCCCUGAGAAUGAACUCUGUGAAGAAAGUCAUCAUCAGAGGUCCAUCCUGAAACCCUCUAAAGACCCAAAUGGUAUUUUGGAUCCAAAAUGUCAUUCUGAAACACAAAAAGAUUUUGGUUGUCUUGACGACUCGCCACUGCUAAUAACGAAACACAUAGCCGGUAUUCAUCACGUGACGUUCAGUUCGAAAGCAACAGCAGAACUCAGCAAAGGGAAUAAAGAGGCUAAAUCUACCCCUUAUCAUAGUGAAGAACUCAAUAAUUUAUCAAAUGCAAGCAACGGUGCAGACGAUGAAGUCGUAUGCCCUGUAAACCCAACUCCAAAUACAGCCUCAACAGAACACAGCAGCGUGAUGGAAAGCACCGAAAGGGAAAAGAGAGAUGAUGGUCCAUUGUUAGAUUUUUUCUCAAGCACAGAUCUUGAGGCUAACAUGAUGUCUGAAGAAACCAACAUCUUUGCUAAUGCCCCGUGGGUCAUGGACACGAUGGAGACCGGAUAUACCUAUACUUACAAGAUCGCCUGUGCAUCGAGCACGAAUCAGAUUUUCGUCUGUGGCAAUAACAAGAUUAUUAAGCAGAUGAAUUCAGAAGGAAAGUUUGUAGAGAAAGCGACCACCGAGUCUGGAAAUCAGCCAUUUGAUCUCUCACUGACCAGUGAUGCACAGCUGAUGUACAGUGAUCACAACGGGAAGUGUGUCAACGUGGUCAGAAAUAACGGCAAGAUAGAAAACCUGAUCAAAUUCCAGAAAUGGUUUCCAAUGGCCCUUUGCACGACGGCUGCCAACGACUUACUGGUCACAAUGGAAUCUGAGGAUCUAGUCAUGUGUAAAGUGGUUCGUUACUCGGGAUCCAAAGUCAAGCAAGAGAUUCAGUUCAACGUGAAAGGGGAGCAGUUGUAUUGCCGAGCGGAUUUCAUCGACGAGAAUGCCAACCUCGAUGUUGUUGUGUCUGAUCUUGGAGCUCGUCGCGUCGUAGUGGUUGACAAGUACGGGAUCUUCAGGUUCAAUUACUCGGGCAACAUGCAAAGCAAUAGGUACAAGAGCUUCGGUUGCUCGGGAGUGGCCACCAAUAGCAAAUGUCACAUCGUUGUAGCAGACGAGUACAACGACGUGUUGCAUGUUAUUGACCAAAACGGUCAGUUCCUGACCUACGUUGAUAACUGCAAGCUACAGCGCCCGGGGGAUCUGUGUGCUGAUGGUGACGACAUUUUAUACGUCACCCAGCCUGUUACCAACCAAGUCAAGAAAAUCAAACUUUACCGGUAGAUACAUGCAAAACAAACUUUACCGGUAGAUACUUACAAAAUUAAACUUUACCGGUAGACGCAUACAAAAUCAAACUUAACCGGUAGAUCCUUACAAAAUCAAAAUACCGGUAAAUACUUACAAAAAUAAACUUUACCGAUAGACACAUACAAAAUCAAAUUUUACCGGUAGACACAUACAAAAUCAAACUUUACCGGUAGAUACUUACAAAAUCAAACUUUACCGGGAGAUACAUACAAAAUCAAACUUUACCGGUAGAUACAUACAAACUCGUCUUAUUCAUGCAAUGUAAAUAGUAAGGUCAUAAACUACUAAAUAAGUCAAGAAAAGCAAACUUUACAGACUAUUUUCAGUGACAAGUGAAAGAAAAACCAUCGAUAUAAAAUCGCCUCAUUCACCCGAUGUAAAUAACUCGUAAAAAAUUACAUAACUACAUGUAACCAAGUGAAGAAAAGCAGACUUAUCAGUUACUAGUGACCGGCAGAUUCAAAUAAAGUAGUCUCCUUCAUUCACUGUAAAUAACUCAUAUUAACCCAUAAUCGAACUAACCAAGUGGAGUUGAGCAAACUUUAUCAGUAGAGUCAUAUAAAAUCAUCUCAAUUCAUCCCAGUGUAUUUAACUC